AGGUUAUGCCGGUAAGAAACACAUGCUCUGGCAGAGUACCUACAACUGACAGAGGUCACUGAGCUGUAUCACCUUAAUAUUAUACCAGUUAUUACAAUUACCAGGUAUUAAAUAUCAAAAAGGUUCUACUCAUCCACAGCUGUUGCUUUUCUGACUCCGAUAGGGUUGUGCUGCAGACAUUGAAAAGAGUUAUCCUACCAUCAGAAGAUUACAAUGACAACACUCAACGCCCCCAGAGACAAGUACCGAGCUGUGUGGCUCAUAUUCUUCAUGCUCGGUUUGGGGACUCUCUUACCCUGGAACUUCUUUAUGACUGCAACCAUGUAUUUUACCAGCCGUCUGAGGGACUCACCAGAAGGGGGCAGCAACGAGACUGCUCCGGGUGGGGACACCCGUAAUGUGCUGGAAUCCAGGUUUAGUAAUGUGAUGACACUCUGUGCCAUGCUGCCUCUCCUGUUGUUCACCUGCCUCAACUCAUUUCUACACCAGCGAAUUCCCCAGAAGCUGCGGAUAAUGGGAAGCCUGGGAGUUAUCCUGGUGGUCUUCCUCAUGACAGCCAUAGCUGUGAAGGUGGAUGCUGAGCCCUUCCCGUUCUUCAUGAUCACCAUGACCAAGAUUGUGAUUAUCAACUCUUUCGGAGCCGUACUGCAGGGCAGUCUGUUUGGCGCGGCCGGGCUGCUCCCCAUCGCCUAUACGGCACCCAUAAUGAGUGGACAGGGCCUGGCCGGCACAUUCGCCGCCUUCUCAAUGAUCUGCGCCCUUGCAAGUGGCUCGCAGCUGCAGGACAGUGCAUUUGGGUACUUCAUCACAGCCUGUGUAGUCAUCCUCUUGGCUAUGGGGUGUUACGUGGCGCUUCCCAAAAUGGAGUUCUUCCAGUAUUACCAGGAGAACAAAAAUAAGCUUGAGAAGGAUACCCAAAUGGAGUUGUAUCCUACAGUGGCAGGCAACAUCGAAGGGGGUCCCACAGCAGAACUGUGCCCCUCAGACAAGGCCGGGUUGCCGAAUGUCUCUAUUGUCACCAUCUUAAAAAAGAUCUGGGUGCUGGCGCUCACCGUGUGCCUCAUCUUCACCGUCACCAUUGGUAUUUUCCCUGCUGUCACUGUGGAUGUCAAGUCCACCAUCUCCAACGGCGGUGCCUGGGAGAUAUACUUCAUCCCAGUGUCGUGUUUUCUGCUCUUCAAUCUGAUGGACUGGGCUGGACGAAGCCUCACUGCAGUGUGCAUGUGGCCAGGGAAGGACAGCCGUCUGCUGCCCGUCUUCAUGCUGGCUCGCCUGCUUUUCGUGCCUCUCUUCAUGCUCUGCAAUGUGCAGCCCAGGCACCGCCUGCCGGUUUUCUUUGAGCACGAUGCUUGGUUCAUCAUCUUCAUGAUCUUCUUCGCCUUCUCUAACGGAUACCUGGCCAGCCUCUGCAUGUGCUUUGGGCCCAAGAAGGUGGCGCCACACGAGGCAGAGACGGCUGGAACCGUCAUGGCCUUCUUUCUGACUUUUGGACUGGCUCUAGGAGCUGCGAUCUCCUUUGUUUUUCGAGGACUUGUCUAGACCCACCAGCAAGUCUGUAUCUCCACCCAUUUCUCCAACUUUCAACCUCUUAUCCUGGACAGGCUGGCGUGGACGACUUUAUCUUAAGGAACACAGACACUAUCGUUACAUAAUCUCUUACUGCAGCACUAUUAAAAAUGAACAUGAGCACCAUCUAGUGGCUCCUGCCAGCUGCUCCUGGUACGUUUCCAGUCGGCUGGAUUCCUAUGGUACUCGUUUUCUGUUACCGGUUGUCACCUACCUGAAAGAAAAAACACUUUUGAAAUGUCACACAUUUUCACAUUUCUGCAUUACUGUGAUGGUUACAGGAGCAGAGAGACCAGCUUAACAUUCUUAUGAUCCUUGGUAAUACACAAUAAUAAGAAGAAAGAAAGCUUUUAUUGAUUUGCAUAGGGGUUUUUUGCAUAGGCUUUUUAUAGCUUUUUAGAGACUUUUGUUCAUUUUAUUUUGUUUUUUUAUAUAUAGAUAUAGAUAUAAUGUCUUAAUUGUAAUAAAACUAAACAUGAACAUGUG